AUGGUGAAGUCUGGUCAGCAGAUUGUUUAUGUUUUGGACAACAUAGACUGGGAAGAGAAAGCUCACGACAUGAGAACAGAUGCCCAACACAAAAGUGUCCAUGCAUUGGCAACAAGCAUUGUGUUCAGCAGAAUCCCUAUUGGGGGUUUACCUGAUACUGGUCCUCAACAGGAUCUGAAAAAAUGCAAUGUUGCUCAGUUGGUUAAACUCAGUCAAGCAUAUAUGGAGUCGAUUAGAAUUCGCUACAGGACACUUUUAGCAAAACUUUUAUUUGAACACUUGCCUGCUUUUGACAAGUUUAAAGGCUGUGUUUCCCAAACAACUGAUUGUCAUCACGCUAAGGAAAUGGCAACAAAAUCUAAUGUUGUCAUUAUGCCUAUUUUAAUGAAGGAUGAAAAUAAGUAUUCAAAGUGUGUGGAGGUCCUAGAUCAACUUGAAAAAUGGACCUAUGAAAUUUAUUCUGCAGCUGGACUCUGUACCUCCAGUGUUGCUCCAGCACAGUCCACCUCUCUACCACCUUCCAGUGAUACUAUGGUGCCCACAAUAGGACAUAGCUCGAGGCUUGAUCAACCUGCAUCCCAUGUACCACCCACUUCUUCUGAGGAUGACCCUUUGAAAGGUAUUAAAAUACCAUGCUACGGUGAUCAGCUCACUCAUGUUCGUUUUGCUGGUGCUAAAGGCCUCCGUGCAGGAUGUCACUCAACAAAGCAGAGAUUAGACCAUAUCUAUCCUUCCUGCAUUGUGGACUGGCAUACUAAGAGGAGUUUUCUGAAGGUACUGUACAUAUAUUGUGAUUGUAAUUGUAAACAUCAGUGUCCUUAAACUUUUUAUAUUAUUUUAAAUAAUAGAUCAGGUGCUGUUUGAUUACAAUUUCAUCCAAGAUCAAGGCUGGCGAGACCCAUCACUGGGUCCCCAAGACAUAUCCAUAACCACAGGCCUCCUCCCUCCAGCAGUUAUCUGAUAACCAGCAAUUAUACAAUGACACUUUUCUGCUGGCCCCCCAUGGAUGCUUCAGGGCCCUAGUCCAGUCAAAACAGAAAUACCUACACACUUGUAUUAUAGAAAUUGUUGUAUUAUUGAAAUUGAGGGCUACAAGUUUAUUAGUGCUUUUGUACUAUUACGUACUACCCUCUUGAAAUAAAGACUCUAACUAAAUGUUCUGAGGAUGCCGAAGUCUUGCAGUCUGACAUAAAUGCUAUUGACUCUUGGUGCAAGGAGUGGCAGAUGUCUUUAAAUCACUCUAAAUGUGGUCUUAAUCGCAUUACAAGAAAUUCUCAACCGAUCCAUUACUCCUACAACGUGGAUGGCAACUUACUUAAGACAAUCAACAAACAAAAAAAUCUUGGUGUUAUAGUCUCUGAAGAUCUCAAAUGGAGCCUUAAUGUACAAGCAGUCUCAAAUAAGGCCAACAAAAUGUUGGGGUUUGUGAAAAGAUCGUGUUUUCAUGCAAGUGACCCUAAAGUACAAAAGACCCUGUAUCUAGGCCUAGUAAGAAGCCAGCUUGGUUACUGUAGCCAAGUGUGGGCACCUCAAACCACCCAUGACAUUCAAACCCUGGAACGAGUUCAGCAUCGCAGCAUGAAGUUUAUUUUAUUUCUUCCAUUUCAAACAGAUAUUUCAUACCCUAAAAGACUUGCUAAGCUCAACAUUCUCCCAAUUACCUACUGGCAUGAAUACCUGGAUCUUGUUUAUCUAUUCAAAUGUAUUUAUGAAAAUUCCGACAAAAAUGUGAAACUAAAUUCACCAAAUCGUGGAACCAAUUUAUUAACUUCUAAUGUUUGUAACCCAGAAUUGCUGCACACAUACAAGACUGUUUGUGUCAAAUGUAACAAAGCCUGUCCUUUGGAUUCACUCAGUGACACUUUGUGCCCUUUCUUUAUAUUAUGUGAUGACGUUUUUGUUGUUUUUUGUUGUGAUGCACUAUUUAGUGUUUAACUCUUUAUAUACAAUAUUUCUAUGUAUUUUACAACUCACACAGGAAACCUGUUAUUGGAGCUUCAGCUCUGUGGGUGCGGGCCCUUCCUGUUUUUGGGUAAAUUAAAUAAAUAAAUAAAUAAACUGUCCAUUUGUUAGGGAUCAUGGGAACAAAAGAUAAAGCACAGAAUGAAACGGCUCCAGCGAAACCCCUUGAAGCACACACAAGACUGUAAACCAAGUAGUGAGUGUGAAUCAAUUAGCACAUCAAUAGUCAAGAAAAUAAAAUUAAAUAUUAAACCUUCGCUUAAAAUCCCACCACUUGACAAAGGGGAAACUGAAGAUACCAUGAAGGAAAAGGACUCAGCAACUAAAGAAAAUCUGCCGAAUAGCAUGUCCAGAUCAAACAUUGGUGAAGUUACUCAUGUCAUCAACAUAUCCUGUCAGACCGAAAAUGAUUAUUGA